CAUGACAUAAAGAAUAAGCUUAUGCAAGGAAUAAUAAUUUAAUUUUUUUUUUAAAAAAAAGUAGUAGUAGUAGUGAGAUAAAAGGGAGGUGAGAAGAAAAAGAGGAUUUUUCAGGUCUUCACCUGAAAGGAAAAUCAAAGCCUCUCUCUAACCAUGAGUCUCUUCGGUCUGGGCAGAAAUCAACGAACAUUCCGCCCAAAAAAAAGUGCACCUUCAGGAAGUAAGGGUGCACAACUUAAAAAGCACAUUGAUGCCACCCUGGGCAGUGGAAACCUAAGGGAAGCAGUAAGGCUACCUCCUGGGGAGGAUUUAAAUGAAUGGCUUGCAGUCAACACUGUGGAUUUCUUCAAUCAGGUGAAUCUACUCUAUGGUACCCUCACAGAGUUUUGUACUCCUGAGAACUGUCCUACAAUGACUGCAGGCCCUAAGUAUGAAUAUAGAUGGGCUGAUGGUGUGCAAAUCAAGAAACCUAUCGAGGUUUCUGCCCCAAAAUACGUUGAAUAUCUAAUGGACUGGAUUGAAGCACAGCUUGAUGAUGAAUCCAUAUUUCCUCAAAAGCUGGGUUCGCCAUUUCCUCCCAACUUCAAGGAGGUGGUGAAGACAAUAUUCAAAAGACUGUUCCGUGUAUAUGCCCACAUCUAUCACUCUCACUUUCAGAAAAUUGUGAGCCUUAAGGAAGAAGCCCAUUUGAACACAUGCUUCAAGCAUUUCAUACUGUUUACUUGUGAAUUCGGGCUGAUUGACAAGAAAGAGCUAGCCCCACUUCAAGAGCUCAUAGAAUCCAUCAUAGCCCCCUACUAAAUAUAUAGGGUUGGAGAUCCUGAGAAAGAUUAUAUUUUAGGGAUGCCAAAGUAAUAAAGUUUAUGACUUCAAAAAUCUCUAUUUCUAUACUAUUAAAAUGUUUUUGCAUGAUUAUUUGUACUGAGUGUUAUUUUUAUAAAUUAAAGUCUAUCGGAAUUCUAGUACUAUAUAUAUAUAUAUAUAUAUAUAUAUAUAUGUAGUUAAGAAAAGUGGUAUGCAUC